CAGGGAUGCAGAGAAAGAGGGAAGGGGGAGAGUGAGGGAGAGAGAGGGAGGAAGGAAAGCAUCAAUGAAACUGCCUCCAUUCUCUUCCAGCAGUGUCACAGCCUCCAAGCAGCUCAGGCUUGUAAAAAACAUUUAGUCGAGCAGACCAGGCCAGCUGUUUGUUUUUUUAGGCUCAAACUGCAUGCAAUGGUAUAUCUGACUCCCAUAGUACUGUAGAGCUGGUUUUGUAUUCCUGUACAAAAUCAUCUUUUGGAAAGGACUGGUCUUUCUGGGACUGCAGGUUUCGUUAUAUAAUGUGGUUGAAGCAUUAGGGAGAGAGAUCUAUUUCUAACAUGAUUUUUUCAGCCCCCGUCAUUGCCCUUGGAGCCACUUUGGGGACAGCAUCAGGCAUCCUUGCCAUCUGUGGGCUCUCGCUCCUCUGCAAGUCUUGCAAAAAAGGAAUCUCGGAAAAAGACCAGGAAUCGGAUUCGGAAAAGACCCAACCCAGUGUGUUUCAUUCUGCACAGCAGUUCAGCGUUAAGAAAUCCACUGAACCCAUCCAGCCCAGGACUCUGUUAAAGUUUCCCAGAAUCUACACGCCCAAACCCUUGGUGACGUCACCGGAGCUGAUCAACUCCACAGGCUACACCUUGGAAACAACAGACGAGCCUUCAGUUGAAAACACCGCGGUACCUGACGACAGUUGCCUAGCAACCGACGACUCUGACGAGGUCUUUAUCUUCCCCAGGCAAGGUUCCAAGGAAGCCUUUUCCAUCUCUGAGGAGCUGAAGAGGAAAACAGCUGCCAGCAACACAGCCCCAAACCCAAAGCUCCACUUCUCUCUCCGAUACAACACCCAGACGUUAGAGCUGCAUGUCACAGUCAUCGAAGCUGAGAACGUCAGCGCAAGGCAGGGCCACGAUUGCUACAUCACUGGACACCUGACCACCAAGUCUGGAAGGAGUGAGGCCCUGACAUCAAUCCGCCGCGUGACACCCCACCUGCUGUGGGAGGAGACCCUGGUGUUUCCGCUGCCAGAGGGCUACGGGAUCGAGGGAGAGAUCGCCCUGUCCCUCUUCAACUGUGACAAGUUCUCCCGACACACCAAUACAGGAGUGAUGAGGUUCAAACUGGCAGACGUGAGCAUGCUGUCAGACGCAGACUGCUGGGUGGACCUGCAGCCUCCCAAACAGGAUCCUGCCAUUUCCGUGGGCGAGAUUCUCAUCUCCAUCAGCUACCUUCCUGCUGCAAACAGACUGGGUGUCGUGGUCAUGAAAGCGAGGAGCUUGCAGUCAGACAAGCUGAAGGAUGUCAUCGAUUUGUCUGUGAAGCUGGCUUUAAAACAUCAGUCCACGAAGCUGAAGAAAAAGCAGACGAGGAGGGUGAAGCACAAGAUGAACCCCGUAUGGAACGAGAUGAUGAUGUUCGAGGUUCCACACGAGCUGCUGUCCCAGUCCAGCCUGGAUCUGGAGGUGCUGAACCAGGCCUGUGUGGGGGACGUCCAGUCGCUGGGGCGCUGUGCUAUCGGGAUGCAAUCGACAGGUACCGGGCUCCAGCACUGGCAGCAAAUGCUGAAUAACCCCAGGAAACAACUUGCCAUGUGGCACCCUCUGUAUGAGUGAAAGCACCCAGGAAGAGCCCCAGCAGAGACUCACACUACUGGGAAACCACAAUGAACAUUCAUAGAGUAGAGGUUUUUACACCAGAAAUAGUAUCAUUCACAUGCUCCCAAAUCAAACUAAAUAUAAACACCAAUUAGAAUCCCCAUACCUGUCAUCUAUUCAUCUAUAUGCAUAAAUAUAUCUACUGUGUGUGUGUGUGUGUGUGUGUGUGUAUAUAUAUAUAUAUAUAUAUAUAUAUAUGUCUUGUAUCCACAUCAGUAAAAUGGAUGAAAUUGUGAAUACUGUUUACCAUGCUGUAUUUUUUCCAAACACAACCCCAUAAAGGAAUGCAUGGGUAAGAUUUAUAAAGAAGGCAGUCAUAUAUAAGAUGCAAAAGCAACUUCAAUAGAAAAUGAAUCUCAAUCCACGUACAGCACUGUAAGCACAGCCAGGCUUCCAUGAGAACAUUGUCAUUCCCUGUAAAGACUGAACCAGUUAAAGCACUGUAGCAGAAAAGGCUAAACACAUACAGUACAGUUACAGUAGAUAAAGAAUACCGCGAGAGGAAAAGAAGUCACUUUACCUGUAUAUACAUUUUCCACAUAUAAUGUGGAGAUUCACAAACCUUGGAAUGUGGAUUGUCUACAGUGACCUCCUAUGUGCUACUAACAAGUAAUAAAAAGUAAUUUAUCAGAACAGGCUUUAGCCUCAUCCUGGGUUUGUCCUGUGCAUUUCAAUCAGCAAACUUGUUUUACCCAAAGCAUUCCUCUCCAGACCAAGACCAGAUCUUUAAAUGAUAUAAUACUGAGCAUUUAAUAGUGUUCUCCAGCUCCUCGUAUGCAAUCAUCCAGGUAAAUAGCAGUGUGGAGUAGUGGUUAGGGCACUGGACUCUUGACCGGAGGGUUGUGGGUUCAAUCCCCAGUGGGGGACACUGCUGUUGUACCCUUGAGCAAGGUACUUUACCUCGAUUGCUCCAGUAAAAACCCAGCUGUAUAAAUGGGCAAUUGUAUGUAAAAAUAAUGUGAUAUGUUGUAACAAUUGUAAGUCGCCCUGGAUAAGGGCGUCUGCUAAGAAAUGAAUAAUAAUAAAUAAAUGCUGGUACCCAUUUCUACGUGUAUAUUGUGCAGUGUCAUUCAAAGUGUAUAUCACAUUCUAAAGACAAAGCACAAUAUGUGUAUGUUUAAAAUUGAAACUGCAUGGACUUUUGAAAACUGUUAGCUUGAUAACAUAAUAACUACCGUAUAAUAAAGACGAAAGCAGUGCUACUCUCAUUCCAAUAAAUGUUCUGUUAUUUUUAAUUAA